UGGCGCAUAAUAACAACUAUUGUAUUGUUAUAACGGACAAAAUUGUGUUUGAAUCGCUGGCCGGCACGUUUCUUUAUUCAUUCUCGAAAAACCAACGGCACCGCACAGCAGUCAAAAUAUUUUGGAAUUUUUUGUUCAAUACACACAACAAACCAUGUACGACUACCACCGCGCCGACUCAUAGAAGACCGAUCGUCCUAUACUUAGCGAGCGAGCAACUCGUACGGCACAUCCGAGGUGUGAAUUAAAUGAUUAACUUCCUCUACCAUGUUGGAAGUGAAAAGGUCGUCGCCGAUGCCACUACCGACGCCGGCCAACCCGGAACCGGACACGGAUCUGACCAGCCUCAACUGGCUGCACAGCCUGACCAACAUACUGUCAGUGCCCUCGUUACCAACCCCUCCUGAAUCGCCAAACUCGCCUGUGCGUUCGGCCGACCAGAAUCCCAAGAAGCUUCCGCACAAAAUUCGCUUCCAAAUGAGUCUGGAAAGCGCAGAACAGUAUAAGAAAAACGGCGACAAAAAACCACCUUUUUCGUACUCCACGUUGAUCUGCAUGGCCAUGAAAGCCAAAGGCAACAAAGUAACGCUAAGUUCGAUUUACGGUUGGAUUAAAGAGAACUUCUUGUACUACCGGAACGCCGACCCCAGUUGGAAGAACUCCAUCAGGCACAAUUUGUCGUUAAACAAAUUUUUCGUCAAAGUGCCACGUUCCAAAGACGAACCGGGCAAAGGAGGAUUUUGGAAGUUUGACGUCGACUGCCUGGAAGGAGGAGCCCGACGUAAGCGGACAAGCAGCCGCAGACGGACCAGCCGGCUGCAACACAAGACCCAGAGCAAGGUUGUCGAGGAGAUGACGUUGGAGGACGAAAAAGCGUUAGAGCUGGCAGUCCAGUCGUUGGAAGAGGAACAGCGGCAUAUGGACAAUUUGGACGGUUUCAACCAGCAGCACCAACACCCGUUGAUACUUCCUGUGGACGAGCCAAUGGGCGAGCCCGAGUUGGUCUACAGCUGUUCGAUAAACGCAGCCACCGUGGAUCCGUUCAUGUCUUCUGUGGUCGAUUACGCUAUAAUCGACAUACCCAACGACCAUUCGCAGCCGAUUGCCACGGACGACGAGCUGACCAUGCUGACGAACCUGGCGUGGGACGACUCGCAAAUGGACCUGCUCGACUCGUUGCUGGACUCGUUGUAAGGCGCGCAUCGCCGCAGUAAGUCGCACGCGCCGGUAACCACAGCGCGGGACUCGUGUACAUACCAGUGGUAUAUUAAUAUUAAUAAUACCGUGCGAUACCUAACCUCCUAUCACGUCGGUCUGGAUAAAAGUUGUAUGAUGAAGUGUCAAAGUGAAACUAGUCUUUUUUUUUUUUUUUAAUUAAUAUUAACGACGUAGCGAUAAUAUAAUAAGAUUAAUCGAUGAUAAGAUUAUGAUUAAUUUCAAUAUGUAUAAGAAUACCGUUUGAGUCUACUAAUUUCCUUUUUUUUUUUUUAACACAAAUAUUUUCUGGGUCGAGUAAAAUUUACUCAAUCGGCUGUUACCGGUUACAAGACAAACAAAUAUGUAAUCAUAAUAAUACGCCCAAACAGACGUUUAAUCAAAUACCCGACAACCCUUAUCCCAACUUCAGUGUUAGGCAAAUACAAAUUAUGCAAUGUGUAACUUUGUAACGUAACUAGUAUCAUCUAACACAAGUUAAUGUAAAAACCGUAGAGUGUAGUUGCAGGUUGCCAACUUACACAAAAAAACGUGUAACUAGUUACAAGUAACAGUUGUCAUCAAUGACAAUACAUUUUGAUUCCGACGCAUGUAACUCAAAUACGGCCGACUCUGAAUAUUUUUUACCUAUAUUUGUCUAUUGUUAAACAAUUAUUUUUUUUUCUUCGGUUGCAUAGUUAGUCUCAUUACAUAAUAUAUUCAUUGCCGAGUGCUAUUAUAAAAUAUGUAUAUUUUGUCGUAAAAGACCUUUCCGUUUUACUCUAGCGCGGAUCCGAGAUUUUUUUUUUAUUGGAAAAAGGUAAAUGAGUUUCAGUAAAUAUGGGCCACGUUGAACAGAUGUGAUAAUUGUUUUUCUCGUUGAGUGCUUUACAGGAACGUCUUUGGCUUAGUUUUUGUGUAAUUUCCAGCACAAACGAGGAGAGAAUAUAUUUUAAUGAAUAGCUAUUGGUUUUUGUAAAAAUAAAAAGGCAACUUGUCGCAAUUUUGAGUUUGGGUUUUCAUGUAUAGUUAUAUUAUAUUUUUUUAAAACUGUGGAAAACAAAUCGUUCACAUGGCGGCCAUCCUUUAUGUCCGCGCUUGGGUUUACCCUUUUUUUUUUUGUGGCAGAACCUUAUAGACAAUUAUUAUGAUAUUAUAUGUAUAUUUUAUUGUAAUCUAUUCCGAAUAUUUAGUUUGAUAUUUUCAUGUAACUUGGUUUUUUUCGACAAACGUGUGACACAUUGACGUACGGAUUGAUUGAACCGGAUACAAUAAUAAUUUUAGCAUUUGUACUACGUUUUGUAAGCGCGCACGAUAAAUAGAUACUAAAACAUAUUAUAAUAUAUAUAUAUAUAUACCUAUAUAUUACUA